AUGAAUGAGUCUGAUACCUUUAUGUAUUUUCCUCUUUUGCUUUCCAUCAUUUACACAGACUUAUCAACAGCUACACUGACAGUAAAACCAGAGAGUCCUGUGUACACUGGAGAGACAGUCAUUCUGAAAUGUACCAUGGAGUCUGGGAGGAACUGGAGAUAUAAGUGGUAUAAAGGCAACACUCAGACUGCAGUGUCUCAGUCUAAUGGUUACACUAUAACUGGAGACACAUUGACCAUCAGAGCAGUUGCUGUAACUGACCAGGAUCAGUACUGGUGUCAGGGAGAGAGUGAUGACAGACUAACAUCCUCACAGCUAAGCAGUCCUGUCACUCUGACAGUGAGAGAAAAACCCAGGGCUGUUCUACAAUCAGACCCUGAUGUCUCAGUGAUCUACAUUGGACAGCCGGUAACUCUCAAAUGCGACAUACCUGGAGGCAGAGUCAGUGAGUGGAUUUACAGCUGGUACAAGAACAAUAACAUUAUCAGGCCUGUUUACUGGAGCGACAAUAAUGAAUUAUCAUUCAUUUCGAAUGAGCUGCACGUUGGCCGAUACACUUGUGGAGGAAAACGGAAGAGUGACUCUCUGAACUCGGAGAUGAGUAAUGCAGUAACACUGACUGUGUUGGCUUUACCCACAACUACAGUGAUUGUGCAACCAAAGAGUCCUGUCUACACUGGAGAGACAGUCACUCUGAAGUGUGUGGUGCAGUUCAAGAAGAGCGACUGGAGAUACAAGUGGCAUAAAGGCGGCAUUGAAAAUGAAGUGGUACCGAGUGGUCGCUACGCUAUUACUGGAGACACGUUCACCAUCAAAGGAGCUGCAUUAAGUGACCAGGAUCAGUACAGAUACUCACCCACAGCUACACUGACAGUAAAACCAGAAACCACUGUGUACACUGGAGAGACAGUCACUCUGAAGUGUGAGAUAAAGACUGAAAGUGGAUGGAGAUAUAAGUGG